AUGAAGACACAGGCUCUCCUCUGUCUCCUUUCUGCCUCGGGCACCAUUGCCCAGAGCGCCCUCGCCGAUUGCCAUCGCGAAGGCUCGCCUGACUGGAGUGAUUGUGAUAUCCUGCACGCCAAUUUGGGAUGGCGACCAGGCGUUCCUACCGAGAUCACCAGAAACUGUAACAGAGACACAGACAUUGAGCUUGAUUGUAUGACAUGGUCCUACGGUAGUUGCCAGUUUGGCCAGUGCUUUCCUGGCGAAGAAUGCCAAGGAACCGACCAUGGUAUGAUGUGGGCGCGCCACCGGAAUGUGGAGGACUUCUGCAGGCCCGAUGAUCUUGGUGGUCGCUUCACAAGCGACGGCGGCCAGUUCUUCGAAGUCAUUCGCUAUCUAGGUGCUCGUGCUGGCCGUCGCCGUUCCUUGACUGUCGAAAAGAAGGGAUACUCUCUUGCCGAGUAUGAGCGACGUUUUGGCGAACAACAUGAUGUCAAGUUCUCAAAGGUCAUUGAUGCAAAUGCCUUAGAGAUUGUCAAGCGACAGGAUCAAGGUGAAUGGACCAAUCUCAUCAGUCGACAAGGCGUCAUCAAACCUGGCACCCGCCACAGAGUCAACACCAUAGAGCUUUCGCCCGGCAUUGAUAUGACCUGGGAGGAAUCCUCGUCGUACAGCAUCAGCGUCGGUGUCACUGCUGGUGUAUCUGCGAGUCUAUUCGAAAUCUUCAGUGCCUCUAUGGAAAUUAGCACUGGCUAUGAAGAGACAUACAGCGCUGGUAGUUCGCUCACGUAUAACACCGGCAAUUGUCCUCAAAACGCCAACAUUUAUUAUGCGCCCGUCUUUACUAUGUAUGAGGGCUACUGGUCCAACGAUCAGGAUACCCUUGUUGAGAUUUGGGUUGCGCAGACUGUUAAUGGAAACCUUGAAGGGCGAUUCAUUACUGAGUGUGUCGGCACUGCUCCUCCUAACUAG